AGACAAAACAGAAGCAGAGAAGGAAUAGUGUCAUACCCUCGUGUAAGCAGAAGUGGACAGUUAUUAAACAAUUAAACAAUUCAGCUUCAACUUUUCAGUUUUCGUUUAUCAUUAUCUCACUCUAAAAGGGGAUUCAGUAAAAAGGCUGUCUUUAGCACUUUAGAGAUUCUUCACUGGGUUGAGUGUGAUCUACCAGUUGGAUGAUUCAAGAAUCAAAAUGGGGUUUUCUAGCAUGGUGUUAAUGCUGUUCUUAUCGGCCUCCUCGAUAAUUUAUACUGUGUGUGGGAUAGGUGCUAAUUGGGGCACACAGUCGACUCAUCGCCUACCACCCGAUAUUGUGGUGAGGUUGCUCAGGGAAAAUGGGUUCCAAAGGGUUAAGCUUUUUGAUGCAGAUUAUGACACCUUGAGAGCCCUAAGUAAUUCUGGAAUUGAGGUCAUGGUUGGAAUUCCUAAUGAUAUGCUAUUGACCAUGGCUAGCUCAAAGGCGGCUGAGAAAUGGGUUUCUGAAAACGUCACGGAUCAUAUCAAAAACCACAAUGUUAACAUCAGGUAUGUUGCGGUUGGAAAUGAACCUUUCUUGGAAACGUACAAUGGGACUUAUCUUCGAACUACUUACCCUGCUCUUCAGAGUGUUCAAUCUGCGCUUGUAAAAGCUGGGCUUGGCAAUCAAGUGAAGGUUACGGUCCCCCUGAAUGCUGAUGUCUAUGACUCGUCUAGUGGCUUACCAUCGGGUGGAGAUUUUAAAGCUGAUAUUCAUGACUUCGUGCUUCGAAUUGUCAAAUUCUUGAGUGAUAAUGGUUGCCCGUUUACAGUUAACAUCUAUCCUUUCAUAAGCCUUUACAUUGAUCCCGGGUUCCCUGUUGAUUAUGCAUUUUUUGAUGGGAAUGCAACCCCAUUGAAUGAUGGCGGCACAAUCUAUUCCAACAUGUUUGAUGCGAACCAUGAUACUCUGGUGUGGGCUUUAAGGAAGAACGGGUUUGGGAACUUGCCUAUUAUAGUUGGGGAAAUCGGUUGGCCAACUGACGGGGACAGAAAUGGCAACUUACAGUAUGCACAGAAGUUCAAUCAAGGGUUCAUGGCUCACAUAUCGGAUGGAAAAGGCACUCCGAUGAGGCCUGGGCAAAUCAACGCCUAUCUGUUUAGUUUGAUUGACGAGGACGCCAAGAGCAUUGCUCCUGGAAACUUCGAACGCCAUUGGGGGAUAUUUUACUACGACGGUCAACCCAAGUACUCUCUCAAUCUUGGCACAACGAAUUCGGGAUCUCUGGUUCCAGCAAGAGGCGUGCAGUAUCUGUUGAGGAAAUGGUGCGUGCUUGAUCCAAAUGCAAGGCUCGAUGACCCUCAGAUUGCUCCAAGUGUGAGUUUUGCAUGUUCGCUAGCUGACUGCACUAGCCUCGGGUACGGGACGUCUUGUGGGAAUUUGAACGCCCAGGGAAAUAUUUCGUAUGCAUUCAACAGCUAUUACCAAAUUAACAACCAGAACGAUCAAGCCUGCAAAUUCUCGGGCCUUGGAGCAGUAGUUAGGUCGGAUCCAUCAACUCAGAGUUGCAGGUUUGGGAUCAUGAUCCAACCGUACUACGGAAGCGCUGACCGGAUUUUAGGCCAUCCUCGGACACUGCAUUUAGUUUCAGGUUUCAUUCUCUCCCUGUGGACAAUUCUCGAGUUACAUUCACUUCCCAUGAUUAGUCUCUAGCACAGCCAUGUCUCAUCUCCCUGUUUUAAUUUAAUUUAAUUUUUUUUGCUGCGUUACUGGAAGAUGAUUGUGACAGUAGCAUUGUCUGUUUUGUGAUUGUUUGAACCGCUAAGAAGGUUGUUGUGGGGGCCGUGGGGCAAUGUAUCUCUGUCAAGUUUUAAGGUCUAUCGAGGUUUUCCAUCUUAUGGGAUUAUGCAUCCACCAAUUGUUUGUACAGAUCCUGACAGUUUAAUAACCAUUGUGAUUUUACCGCUAGUAUAGGCCUGUGGAAAAACCAUUUCCUUA